AUUUAUUGUGUGGAGUGAAGUUAGUGUUUAGGUGGAGUGUGAGUAUGACUAUCCUUUUACAAUACUCCCUUUAUUCCUCCAAAAUCUCUCCUCUGGUCUUCAGUGUUUCAGAGUACUUCUCCAUUCCCUCGCCCUCGACAUCUCCAGACGUUCAACCCUUAACCCUAGCUUUCUCUCGUCAACAAUUCCACAUGAAAGGAGGAAAACCAAAGGCCAGCUCAAGAAAUGCUGACAGAAUGUUUUCUGUUAAGAAUCCCAAAGGAAAGAAUGGCAAGGAUUCCAAUAAACCCAAAAGACCCCCAAGUGCUUUCUUCGUUUUCAUGGAACAGUUCAGAACUGAUUUCAAACGUAAGCAUCCCAAUAACAAGUUAGUUGCAGUUGUUGGGAAAGCGGGCGGCGUGAAGUGGAAUUCUAUGUCUGAAGAGGAUAAAGCUCCAUUCGUAGCUGAAGCUGACAAACGCAAGAAAGAUUAUGGCAAAGUCUUGCAAGCUUACAACAAGAAAAUGGAUGGAGGAGGUGACGGGGAUGAGUCUGACAAGUCCAAAUCUGAAAUGAACAAGGAGGAGGAUGGCGAGAGCAGUGGAGAGGCAGAAGUAGAUGACAAGUGAACACUUCAAGCCAGAUGAUAAUGUAUCAAGGGGCUGUUGUUGUGGCAUUUUAACCGUUGACCUAGUUAGUAUUACUAUUAUUACUUUGAAACGUUAUUCAAGGAUGUCUUGCCCCUUUAACAAUGUCUCUCCUCGGGAGUGACGAGCUUGUUGUUCUCGGGGCAAUAUUUUUUAGUACUAUGCAUCCUCUACUAUGUCUGGUCCGGGGCUCGUUCUUCUAGAGCCCCGGAUUGUUAAUAUUGUUAUUAUUGUGGAACCGGUUAUUAUGCAAGUCUUACCUUUUCGACUGGUAA